UCCUGUGCGCUGCCUUUUCCAGCAGCGCCUGCGAAUAUGGCGGACGUAGUGGCAGAGCAGGUACCGGAGCAGAAAGAAGUCCCGACACGGGAGGUGAACGGCGAGGCCGACGACAAGGAGGAGCCCGAACCAGUGGGGGAGGCCACAAAGAAGAAGAGGAAAAAGAAAAAGAAGAGCAACAAAUCUGUGGCAACAGGAGGCGAUGCUGAGGCAGAUGAAGUGGCUGAGGUGACAGAGGUGACCAAGCAGCUGGAGAAGCAGGCGAUAGAAGACAAAGAAAAAGAUGAAGAUGGCGAUGAAGACGGAAAUGAUGGAGAAGGGGCUGCAGGAAAAAAGAAGAAGAAAAAGAAGAAGAAAGGACCUAAAUCUCAGACUGAUCCUCCGUCUGUUCCCAUUGGUGAGCUGUACCCAAACGGUGCAUUUCCAUACGGUCAGGAGUGUGAAUACCCCACUAUAAAGGAUGGUCGCAGUGCAGUGUGGCGCAUGUCCAUUGAGGAGAGGCGAGCCCUGGAUAGAGCCAAUGAGGAGAUGUGGAAUGAUUUUAGGCAGGCGGCUGAGGCCCACAGACAGGUCCGCAAACAUGUCCGCAGCUUCAUGAAACCAGGGAUGACCAUGAUUGAGAUCUGUGAGCGAUUGGAGGACUGUUCUCGAAAGCUGAUCAAGGAGAGUGGACUGGACGCCGGCCUGGCUUUUCCCACCGGCUGUUCACUGAACCACUGUGCCGCCCACUACACUCCUAAUGCCGGUGACACCACCGUCCUGCAGUACGACGACGUCUGCAAGAUCGACUUCGGCACACACAUCAACGGGAGAAUCAUCGACUGUGCCUUCACUGUAACUUUUAACCCAAAGUAUGACAAACUGCUGGAGGCCGUCAGAGACGCCACCAACACUGGCAUCAAGAAUGCUGGCAUUGAUGUGCGUCUGUGUGACGUUGGAGAAGCCAUCCAGGAAGUAAUGGAGUCCUAUGAGGUGGAGCUCGACGGCAAAACAUACCAAGUGAAGCCAAUCCGUAACCUGAACGGUCAUUCGAUCGGCCAGUACAGAAUACACGCUGGAAAGACAGUGCCCAUCGUUAAAGGGGGAGAAGCCACAAGGAUGGAGGAGGGAGAGGUUUAUGCCAUUGAGACCUUUGGCAGCACAGGUAAAGGUGUGGUGCACGACGACAUGGAGUGCUCUCAUUAUAUGAAAAACUUCGACAUCGGACACGUUCCCAUCAGGCUGCCCAGAGCUAAGCACCUGCUGAAUGUGAUUAACGAGAAAUUUGGCACGUUGGCCUUCUGCCGACGCUGGCUGGACCGCCUCGGAGAAAGCAAGUACCUGAUGGCCCUGAAGAACCUGUGUGACCUGGGCAUCGUGGACCCUUACCCUCCGCUCUGUGACACCAAGGGCUGCUACACCGCUCAGUUCGAACACACCAUCCUCCUCAGACCCACCUGCAAGGAGGUGGUGAGCCGGGGAGAUGACUACUGAACCCACGCAACAACAAUACCGACCCCUAACCACCGAUUUAAAGCCCCUUGCUCUGCCGACCAACACCACCUCAAAACACCCUGCACUUUUGAAUCCAGUUAGUGUCUCUUGCGUCAGCAGAAAGCUUCAGGAUUGAAUCGCUCAAGUCACAACCCGCAACAAGGUUGUCUUCUUGCGUGCUCUAAUCGACCGCAGCUCAAGGAAAAUCGCAGACAAGCAAAAACAGUUUCCGUUGGAAGAAUGGCAGUUUCAUCCAGAUCUUCAUCAGACCUCAUUUAAUCAGAUUUACCAGUUACACCAGUAUUCACAGUCAUCCCCCUUCAUUUAAAGUUCUAAUCUCCUGCGUCUCCUCUCUGAACCUCCUGAUCUUCAGCUCUUGCAUUCAAGUUAAAUGAAGGUUUUCAGCAACAAUGCAUGGCCAGAAACUCUUUCAUACAGUAUACCGGCUGCACAGCUGCACGUCUGAGUUUCGCUUCUGCCACGACGGGUGUCAAAGCACAGGGGCUGGGGCUCUGACCCCGAGUCGUUGUUUUCUUUGAUAUUUAUAAAAUAUCUUCAAACUGGCUGCCGCCACUGAAAUGUUCCCACUUUUAAAAAAAACAAAAAACUUUCGUUUUGAAAAACUCCCUGAAAAUGUUUUUGUAUGAAAGUUAAAAAAAAAUUAAAAUAAUUUUUGCUCAGA